UAGACUAGACUAGACUAGACUAGACUAGACUAGAGCAGUCGGGAAGAAGCACGAUGGUGGACCUGGCCAACAUGGAGAGUGUGGAGAAGGAAUGCGGCGCCCUGGGGGGUCUUUUUCAGGCCAUCGUCAACGACAUGAAGUACUCAUAUCCUGUAUGGGAGGACUUCAGUGCCAAGGCCACUAAGCUCCAUUCACAACUCAGAACAACAGUCCUGGCAGCAGUGGCCUUCCUUGAUGCCUUCCAGAAGGUUGCAGACAUGGCGACCAACACUAGAGGUGCCACCAGGGACAUCGGCUCAGCGCUGACCAGGAUGUGCAUGAGGCAUCGCAGCAUCGAGGCCAAACUCAGACAGUUCACCAACGCCCUGUUGGAGAGUCUGAUCACCCCCCUGGCAGACAAGAUGGAGGACUGGAAGAAGACAGCCAACCAGCUGGACAAAGACCACGCCAAAGAAUACAAGCGUUCGCGUCAUGAGAUCAAGAAGAAGUCGUCUGACACCAUCAAGCUGCAGAAGAAGGCACGCAAAGGACGCGGCGACCUGCAACCUCAGCUGGACAGCGCGGUGCAGGACGUGACGGACAUGUGUCUGCUGAUGGAGGAGAUGGAGAAGCAGGCGGUGCGGCGCGCCCUGGUGGAGGAGCGGGGGCGCUUCUGCACCUUCACCGGCUUCCUGCAGCCCGUGGUGAACGGAGAGAUCGCCAUGUUGGGGGAGAUCACGCACCUCCAGGCCAUCAUCGACGACCUCACCGUGCUGACCUCUGACCCUCACAAACUCCCCCCCGCCAGUGAACAGGUGAUCCAGGAUCUGAAAGGUUCAGACUACAGUUGGUCCUAUCAGACUCCUCCCUCCUCCCCCAGCAGCUCCUGCUCACGCAAGAGCAGCAUGUGCAGCAGCGUGAACAGCGGGCACAGUAGCGCGUCGAGGUCGUCGGGGGGUGGUGGUGGUGGUGGUGGUGGUGGUGGUGUGGGCGGGGGCUCUCUGCCUCACUCCCCCUCCUCCUCCUCCUCUUCCUCCUACCGCCAGCGCAGCCUGCAGAGCCAUCAGGCUCCGCCUCCAGGGGGCGUGGCUUGUCAUCGCCUCAGCAGCGUGUCGUCACAUGACUCAGGCUUCGUGUCUCAGGACGCCAACAUCUACUCCAAGCCGCCCUCGCCAAUGCCCUCUGACCUCACCAGCCAGAAGUCCUCAAGCUCCGCCUCCUCAGAAGCUUCAGAAACCUGCCAGUCAGUCAGCGAAUGCAGCUCACCCACCACGGAUUGGUCCAAAGCAGGUUCCUACGAGCAGCCUGGCCCCGCCCCCAGGAGGAAGGAGGGGCCUCUGCGGGAGAAGGAGGGCUCGCCCAGUGCUCAGGGACACGCCCCCUCGCACGCUGCUCAGGGACACGCCCCCUCGCACGCCGACGACACUCACAGGUCCAGAGGGCCUUCAGCUGCCGCCGUUGCCAAGUGUGGAGACGAUGGUUCUCCGGCAGCCGGCGACCUGACCACGGUUCUGAGCCGAGGUCUGGGUGGCGAGCAGCAGAAGAGCAGCAGGGACUCUCUGCAGUUCUCCAGCGGGUACAGCACAGAGACCACCACCCCGUCCUGCUCGGAGGACACCAUCCCUUCUCAAGGUUCUGAUUUCGACUGCUACUCUGUGAACGGCGAUGCCGAAGGUCCGGAGGCUCAGUCGGACUUCGACAAGUCCUCCACUAUUCCGCGUCACUCCAACAUCGGCCAGAACUACCGUCGUAUGAUCCAGACCAAGAGACCUGCCAGCACCGCCGGUUUACCCAGCGGGGUCCUGGGCCCAGGGGGUCACGUGGUACCUGGACAGCCUGCAGGCGCAGGGGGAGGAUCAGGGACUCCGGGGACUGCCACCAUUCGUAGAACCCCGUCCACCAAACCGGGGGUGAGGCGCACUCUGUCCAGCGCCGGCCCCAUUCCCAUCCGGCCUCCCAUCGUACCCGUCAAGACCCCCACCGUCCCCGGGGCGAGCGGGUACAUGGGCGCCAUUCCGGUGCGUGUGGGCAGCGAGGAGUGCGUCUACUUCACCGGAACCGACGAGGCGCAGGGCGCGCUGGAUUACGUGAAGGCGUCGCCCAAGCGCCUCAGCCUUCCGAACACAGCCUGGGGAUCCGGGGCGGCGCUGGAGGUCUACGCCCAGCAACACGGGACGACUUUGGGGAGCGGGUCCGAGGAGGACCGGAUGAUCGCCGCCAACCGCCACAGCCUGGUAGAGAAGAUCGGCGAGUUGGUUGCCGGCGCGCACGCCCUCGGCGAAGGCCAGUUCCCGUUCCCCGCCCUGCCGGAUGACCCCGCCGCGGGGGCGGAGGGGGCGGAGGGCGCAUCCGGCGACAUGCUGACCACCAUCAGGAGAGGCGUCCGACUCCGCAAGACCGUUUCCAACGACCGGUCGGCGCCGCGCAUCUUGUGAUCCAACCCUCGUCGGGGUACAGGGAGGGUCCUCGCCUGAGUCCGGUAGAACUGAACCGCGUGGAGAACACCUUUAUAUUUAAUACUCCGGCCAAUCAGAGACCUUCUAUUAACCAGACUGUGGGAGGAGUUACCGCAGGAAGAGCAAAGGGAGGGGCUAGGUGGAGUGAGUGGAUGCAAGGGGGCGGGGCCAGGGUGUCACAUGACCUGCUGGCGUGGAACCUGAACUGUUUGACUGGACUGAAGCUUCACAACACGGGGAGCCAACCGGCUGUGGGGCCCCCGCCCCCGCUGGUCGGCCUUGAACCGUGUCUGUGUGUGUGUGUGUGUGCGUGUGUGUGUGUGUGUGUGUGUGUGUGUGUGUGUGUGUGUGUAAAUAUGAUGAUGACAUAUAGACGUUUAUAUUUUGUAGAAAGAGAGCAAUAAGUUGUCAUUUCUGGCGCGAGGAAGAGGAGGUUGAGGAUGAAGAAGCACUUUGAUGAAGAUGAGGAGAAAUGAGAGUAGUCAGUGUUGUCCAAACCGGCAGGACACUUGAAUUCAAAUGAUUUCUUUCCAAACUAACAUGUUCUGCCAGCUCUGCAUUCAAUAUAAAAGUCUUCAUUUGGCUUUUUGAAAAAUUGUUGACAGAGCUCCAUUUGAAGACGCGUAGUGAAGCCUGCUUUGUAUUCUUUAAUACAUUAAGAAACACCGCCAUCACGCUACCUAUGUGAGCUACAUGCUAACGUGACGUUUUAACAUAAUGCUAAGUUAGCAACAUUAGCAUAGCUAUGUGAGCUACAUGCUAACAUGGCAUUUGAA